AUGGCAUUGAGAGAUCAUGACUAUGUCAUUCCAGCAAAUCACGAAGAAGUCGGUGUUCCAAAUCUCAACCUCUUCCUACAAGACCACAACUACGCCCAACGUCCUGCUGCCAUUCAGAUUCAAGAAGAACAAGAAGGAAAUCAACGACAAGCAGAAGAAAAAGAAGAAGAUCAACAACAGCAACAACAAGGAGAUCAACCUCAGGCAGAAGGAGAAGAUCAACCACAGGCAGAAGAACAAGAAGAUCAGCCACAGGCAGAGGAACAAGAAGAAAAUCAGCCACAAGAAGAAGGAGAAAAAGAACAACAACAAGCAAGAACAUAUAGGACAAUCCCUGGCAUUCGGCUCAACUCAAAAUUUUAUGUUGAUAAUUUUGGGUAUAAAUAUUAUAAAAAAAAGUUACUCAUCAAUAGAAUCAAGGCACUGUUAUAG